CGUAGUCCUCAGAGAAAUCCCAACAAAAAACAAAUAGGUCUAUCGUUUCGUUACUCCUUUUCCCGCAUGUACAUAAGUUAUGAGCAGUCGGGCGGCUGAUCGGGCUCCCAAUAUCCAGGACCAUCGGCCAGGGGGAUCCGAGUGGUGUUGGCUAAGGCAUCCAGUCUCCCAAGAGGACACGAUGACCCGACUGGCCCUGAGGUACGACACUAGCAUAGGUCACAUAUGCCGGGCCAAUCGAAUGCACUGGCAGGAUGUGCUGCAGACACGUAGCUACAUUUGGGUGCCAGUGCCCAUUCGAAGGCAUCAGUUGCCCAUAGGGGCCCAGGAGUGUCAGCAGAUCCCCGCCAGAAACGCAAGCCUGAAAGCCCUGCCACCUCAUUUCUACCGCCAGAGUGCUCCGAAUGCCAACCACUUUGCCGAAGAGGGAGAUCCCCUGCUGAUCACCACCAAAAUCACAUCGAGUAACCCUCUCAGCUAGAGGCACUUCCUCGUUUUUCGCUGAAUAUUUCAUUAGAAAACCACAUUGGAAGGCAGAUGACGGCAGUUUCCUGACGGCGAAAGACGAAAGUGCCACCACACAGGGAGAAUGAAUCCACCAAAUUGUUUGUAUAUGUGCUGUAAAUAUUUUAAUACACCUAAGUAAAUAGGUGAAAGUGUCCAUUAGGCUUUUAAAACCAGGAGUGCCAGGAUAAAUAUUAUUAAAUUCGAUAUUUUUUUCAAUGCCCUGAACUUUUCACUCUCCAUUUCCAGC